AUGCCUAAGCAAAGUCAAGAAUGGAUUACUCAAUUGAGUCAGGGAGUUCCUAGUUUAUUUAAGAGAUUACUUGGAUUUAUUACUCAAUUGAGUUGGGGAGUUCACAAGUUUGACUUAGGAGAAUUACCUUUAGGAAGAAAAUCCAUGGAUAUUACCUUUACUCCUAAACCAUUUUGA